AUGAGUCAAGCACCACCCUCGAAAGUCUUGGGCGCCUUUGGCGCAGAAGGGUCUCUUAUGCACGUCCCGGGCGGUCGAGGUCUCUGCUAUCGAACUUUGCAAAGCAUUCUCCUCCGACCAUCAGACGACGACGAAGAAUCCGAAUACACAGCAUCCCUCUGCAAGUCCCUGUUUGAGCUUCAUCCCAGUGACUACCGCGUUCCUAGACCUAUCCAUGCCUCGGGAUCCCCUGCGAGAUAUGUUUUCGAUGGCUGGACGGCCUGGGAAUAUCUUGAAGGGAGAGCAACUCCUCACGGAAACUUUGAUAUUCUUAUGAGAGCUUGCCGUGCCUUUCAUGCUGAUAUCACGAGAUUGGCUAUUGCGAGGCCCUCGUUUCUAUCUACGAGGCAGAAUCGAUUUACAGAGGCGGAUCUUGUGACUUGGGAGGAAAAGAAACUGGAGGAUGUCGAGAAGAUCAACAGCGAUGUUAUGGCUACUAUUCAGCCAAUCCUUAGCCAACUUCUGGAGCUACGACAACCGUUUCGACAAGAAGUCAAGAACCAACUUAUCCAUGGCGAUUUAACUGGAAAUGUUCUAUUCGACACAGAUACCAACAGCCCUCCGGCAAUCAUCGACAUCACGCUUUACUGGCGACCGGUUGAGUAUGCAGAAGCUAUCAUAGUUGCAGACGGACUCAUCUGGUUGAAUGAAGAUCGGAAGUUGGUCGACAUGUUUGGAACCGAUCAUACAAGGAUUCAGCUCCUCGUGAGAGCUUUGUACUGGCGGUGCUUGUGCUUUGCUAUUGAUCCGUUUCUUCCCUUCGUGAACGAGAAUCUCCCAAAGGCGAACUUUGCGGGAGCUAUUGAUAUUGUCAGGGAGUUUAUGGGCGAGUGCAUUUGA